CGUAUCAAUCACGAAAGAGGUUUCUGUACUUUAUUACGUGAAGAAUUUCCAUCCAUAAUUCUAAGGAACCACGAGACCAUGAUCGUUUUGCGAAUUCUUCUUCGUCUUUUUAUUUGUCAUCCAAUAACCUCCUGUAAACUCCUAUGUUUAGUAUAGCGUAUGUCUGCAGCCUCAGGAUAAGUCAUGUUGCUUAGCAACGCCACUGACCAAAAGUAUUGAUACGUGCCUAGACUAAGAAGAGAAACACUAGGGUCAAUUUCGGUAAUGUGCUCGCAUACAUGAGACUGUCAGCCUGAAGCUCAUAUCACAUGUCUACUGGCAUAAAGUCUGCCACAGAUUCUCUUGGUUUCGCAGCAAGGAUCGACCGCAGUGAUUAGGUGUUUUUGUACUUGUCUUUGCUCUACUCUAGCUGGUACAGUAACUGUGUCAGAGUUUCAAUUCUGUAGUCAGCGCUAGAUUUUCUUAACGCCAAAUAUUGGAAAUUCGCGAAAAUAUUGCUUUACUGCUAAUACAUCCGGAAAAUUUUGGCGUUAACGAUCAAUUGCGAAUUCUGGGUAUUUCUACUGAUUCAUAGCAUGAGAGAAUGGAAUAUAAAAUUCAAUUUUCACCUGUGCAACAUUUCCAGAUAACAUUGAUGCCCAUGCAUUAGACCGAGUUUUGAUUGAGUGUCGUGAAACCAAAAUAAAAGUCAACACUCUGGCAAAUCCCACAGGACGCAGACAAUCUAAUGAACCAAUCAAAACUGAUUCGCAGCGCGGGAAAACGCGUGCGAGCUAGUCGCGAUUAUUAGUUUUAGCUCUCCUUGUGAUUGGAUGACAAAGUGGCACGAUUUUUUAAGCCAAUCAUUCAGCGAAGUAACGCAAAACUACAGGGAAAGCGUAUCACUUUCGACACCUAUGUAAAAACCGCUCUAUCUCCGUUUUAACUGGACUUGAAGACGUUAACGUUACGCCCGCUCUUCACUAUUGAUUUGUUUAGAAUAUAUAAAGGCUACUAUGCAAAUAAACGCUGUUUUUGUGCAGGUGCAUCGAUGACAACUGUUCCUCCCCAACGUCGCCCGGAAUUGAAACUAGACGGGUGGGCCAUGUGAUGUGUUGAAGCAAUUAGUGUGUGGCAGGUAAAACGGACAGGUUUGCUUAUUUGGCACACAAACAAACCACCAGGUGAUGCUGAGAGCUGCCAUGUUGUCAUUUGUUGUUUUAGGUGUUCUGAUUAGCUCCAGGAAAUACUCGUGGUUAUUUUUAUCGACUCGUUCACAGCAGCCAUAACAUCCAAUCUGCAGUCAUCGCUAAGGCUUCCGCAAUUAUUCCAUUUUUCCAAGGAUUUAAAAGAAGUCCAACCCUGAGCAAAAAAGUCCGCCACACCAAUUGUAUCAUGCAUCUUUUGAUUUUGUCCUUCUUGUUGUUUGGUUUGACGUUAAGUUUUGUUUCAGCUGUCCCUUCACCUCAGUGGCUCUAUGAACAAAUCCAUGCACUCCCAGACGGGGAUACCACUGAACUGCAUACUAAGAAGUCGAACAUCCCAGAGAACAAAAACCACGCGCUUCCUCAUAAAAGAAAAGACGGAGUAAAGAAACUGUUCAAUUUCCUGGAUUCUGCUAUACAAGAAAGCGGAAGCGGAAGCGGAGAGAGCUCAGGCCAAGAACCGGUUGCUUUGGAUACUGAAAAACAUUAUAGCUCUACUGGAAAACAGUUUUCUGGAGCUGCCAGUUCCAAACAGCAGGAGACUACAAGUUCUAGCGACCACGCGCAACAGAAGCCAGAAGAAACAAAGGAAGCUUUGAUAAAGGAAAACCAAACAUCAUCAAAUACGAAUAAAGCAGGAUUGACUGGUAAUAGUCAGCAAGGUUCAACUGCUUUGUCUCCAGGCUUAAAUCCUCAAAAUACACAAGCGGUUAGCCACUAUGUUACAACCAAUCAACAAGGAGGACAGAGAGGUGUUGUAACAUCACCACAGGGAACAGUAGUUUAUGUGGCUAAUGCAAGGCCCCAAAGUUUAGCAUAUUCAACGAACACUUCUCCUUACACUCGCUUCAUGCAAAACCAGAAAGCAACGAACGCUUACUUACUCGCUGGACAGCUGGCACCGCCAUAUGGUUAUACUGCGUCACGUAGGCGACCACCAGCUAUUCCAGUUCGAAGUCGAGUCGCCACAGGUCAGACAUUAAGACCACAGCCCGCUCUAGUAACUGACCAUCAUCUAUUGGCUGGAUCGCCACAGAGAUCUAACAUCCGAGGAGGACCAUUCUACACUUCAAUGACAGUAAUGGGCCCUAAUCAACAUGGGAGUUACUUUACAGCUGCACACGGAGCCCUUGUUGCCAAAGGCAAGUCCUCAGAACCUUUACAGGAGAAAGCGUACGGCCAGCUCAAGACACAACGGGAUCAGUUUCAUCAACAAACAAGAGCUCUCAUCCCCGGCAGGGCACCUGCAAUACAACCAUACUAUCGUUAUCCAAACCCACCCCCUGCUAGUUUGCCUGGCCAGGUCAGAGCUGCAAUUCAGCCCCAUUUCCCAUACCAGCGUCCAAACUUUGUAGUCUCCCGGGCUCGAAUGCCUGCAUUAAGGCGUAUAGUUAUGUCUCCACCCAACCCCGCAAGUCUACCUGGACAGGUGUACUAUAGAAACGCUAUUCCUCAACGCCAGGCAAGCUUCACGCGUCUUGCGCAUGCUCCUAUGCGGAGCUAUGGUUAUCUGCAGACAAAGCAGGCGCGUAUUGGGAGGGCUGUAAACAAUCGAAAGCCACAGCCUCGAACCCUUCUGACGUCACUAACAGCAGCUGCAGCCAGGCUAGUGGUGCCUGCUCGGCCUGACCCUUACGACAAUUCAGCCACGGCUGAGUCGAUUUGGCCAGCGGCUGCUCCGCGAAAAGGAGCACAUGCCGUGAGGUCAAAUACACAUCCGGAAAAUGUCUAAGUCUCUAAUCCAGUUAUUUUAGUCAUGCACUGUUUCAAUUUCCAGCUAGACUUCAGUUCCAUUGUGAAUGCUGCAAAACUGAUUUGAAAUCCAUGGCGAUAGUAAUGGCCAAUCACGUGACCAGAGUUUUAACACCCAAUUCUAUCUCGGCACGUGACGACGCUCCAUUGGUUUAUUCUAAAUUAAGCGAUUUAGAAAUAAAUUUUGAGAGCUUCGCAUGGGUCGUGGCAAUCUUGGAACUAACUACAAUCAUGUAAGGACGAUUUUGACUUGAAAGAAACAUCCAUUGCUUCUUUCUCUAAAGAGGAUGAGUGCCCUAUCUGUCGCUGGUUGAUCAUGGCGACGUACAUUGUUAUAAGAUGUAAAUUCAGUUUGUUGUUAGAAUAGCAGAAACGUAAGGGCGUCAGAGGGUAAUUUUAUACUUGUUUGUCAGGAUUGAAAGAACAUGAGGUUUAAAAUAUUUUUGUUAAUGUAAAUGUCAUUUUCCAAAUAAAAUGAUAAAGUGUACAUUAAAGUUUUCACUUUUACUGUUUUCGCUUGCACAUGAUAACUUCGUUAGGUCUUAGUUACUCUAGUGUUCUU